GCAGUAGUUCCUCAGAGCGUCUUGUUGCCUAAGUGAUGUCUUCUGUGCCACUGUCUGCCUGAACACGGGUAUUCCACAGUACUGAUAAGUGUCUUCACCGCCACCAUGAUGCAAGACUUGGGCACUAAUGAACAACCUUAUCAACUGCAGAUCGUAACCAUCGCCACCACUAUGUUCUACUCUUUUAUGCUGGUGCUCGCAGGCUGUGUGGUGCUCAUCACCCUCAAGUUACCUAUAGUGGCUUACUCCUGCUUCGUCAUAAGCGGCAUCGCCAUGCUGCUGUGUGUGAUGUUCAUCGUUUGUGUGCGUCGCCACCACCAAGAUAAAAAAGUCUACAACCGGCAGGACCCUCCCCCCACCUACAGGGACUCCUGGGGCCACGUCUACUACUCCAAGUUGGCUACUGAUCUUACCGACCAGGCAAAGGACAUCGCAGUACCUAUCCCCAGUCCUCCCUCCACUCUCGCCCCGUCCUUCUAUCCCUCUUCCAUCCUUACCGCGCCCUCUGGUCGAUCAUCCACCCACACCACCUCUCCCCGUCCACUCUCCACCCCCACUACGCCCUCCUGUCCAUCCUCCACCCUUUCUAUUCUUCCCUUUCCAUUUGCCAACCCCUCAACACUCCCCUGCCCAACUUCUACCCUCACCACGCCCACAACAACGCCCCUCCAGUACCCGUUACCAUACAGUCUCCGCAAAACAGGGAGAUGUCCACCUCCACCACAAGUAGACACCGGGGGUCACGACACACCGUCACCUCCAUCUUCAUCGAUCACAAGACGUCACGACACAACUUCAUCACCAUGUACACCUGUCACAAAGCGUCACUUAAAACCUUUACCACCUUAUCCACCCACCAUAAUGUCAACAGAUUGGACAGAAGACCCACCACCACCGAGUUACCAGGACGUACUGAAGACCUUGGGGGUCGCCUCGCUCAGUAUGAUCAAGAAGGACCUCAGUCUUGAUGUAUGAAAGUUAAGAAGUUCUUAUUCCUGGUGUGAGAGAGUGAUGAGGUGUCUAUCUCUGUGUGAAAGAGUCGGGAAACUUCUGGGUCAUAAUGAGGGAUGUCUGUAAGGUCCUCAUCCUAUAUGUGUAAAAGUAGCGAGUCACUCAGCCAUUGUAACGAGAAGAGUAAAAGAAGCAGAGGAGAUUUAUCAGUCGAGUCAAUCCAUUUUUAGCACCAGAUUUGAACCAGCUGUACACACACACACACACCAAGGUAAAGAUAGUCCGCUGUUACGCCUGGGUGAGACUGGUCUCCCUUACUUAGCCAUUUCAACAGCCCGCAAUAGACUGAACCUCCGUCAUAUAAAAUGAUCCGUAUAUGGUGUAAGAACUGCAAGAGACCUUCUCGGUUCUAAAUGGGAGUUUCAUUGGCCCUUGAGAAGCCCGCAGUGGAUUGGAAACCUCAUUGCUUAGAUGUUUGAACCCAGAGAAAUUCAAUGUUUAUGGCUUACUACCAUGGGUGGCAUCAUGGUAUGUGGGGUGUUAGGUAACCCUCCUUGCCCAGCGGACAAAACCCAGGUUGGGGUGUCAAACCUAAUGCCAUAAAAUCUAAAGUUGGUAUCCUAACCAAUCCAAGGCAAUCCCUUCCGUCUACACCUCACACACAGUUGGUACAUUUAGUUGUUAUUCAUAUAGUAUUAUUAUUGUUUAUAGACUUCUGAAUCUGUGAUAUUAUUUCCUAAGUUGGUGUUUACCUAGAAUAAUAAUAAUUAAUAUGCUUUGAAUGAGGUUCCUCUAGUGACGAGGAACUUGUCCGUAACGUCUUUGGAUCGUUGGGCCAGAUUUCUGACAACACCGACAUAGAAACACUUUAUGGGAUUUAGUGAAGAACUGCCAAGUAAAUGUUUCUCACUUCUUCAAAAAAUCAGUUUCAGGUGACGAGGUUAUUAACAUCUGUAGGAAAACUUCUAAUUGUCUUUAUAGUAAAUAAAUUAGAUUUUUGUUUA